AAAACGAUAGGGGUGAGGUGAGACGAACCUUUGUUCCCGAUACCAACGACGGAGCGUGGGGGAGUCGGAGCCUGAGAGCCUUUCCGACUAGAGGCGGUGGACUCGUCGAAUUGUUUGAGCCUGUGCGCAGUGUGCGGGGUGCCCAAUCGUUAAUUCAUAAUUUCAAGGUGACAGACAGAUAGUGAUCUGAGGACUAACAUUGGUCCACCAGCACGGAAUAUGACAGGCGGACUGCCGCGAACAACACUAUCUAGGACAGCAUCCGUAUCGUCUGCCAUGUCUUCGAUGGCACCGAGGGCUGCGGUGAGCUCUGAGGAGAGAAUAGGAAAAUGAACUCUGUUGUGAUCUUCGCUUGGACGAUUCAUGAUGCAGAUGGGUUGCUGGAAACUUGAAAGUAAGCUUAAGUGAGACCUUGAUUGAGUUAUUCUGAUGAUAUGAUCUCGAGCACGUGCUCCACGCGUACGUCGAGUCGUCGACCAUCUACGACCAUGCAAGUAAAAGGUUUCCAUUCAACGUUCUCAACUAGUAUUCCUCUACAUGCACGACAUGAAUAUGCAGCAUGCAACUUAUUUGUCCUCCAUGAACUUCCAGCCGAUAUUAUCAUUGACUCGUUUGAGCUCAAUGACCAUGGACUCUCCUUCCAGUUUGUGGGGAAUACGAAUCUGGAGCUACCCAUGUCCGGGGUAGCAAAUGAAUCAGGCUGGCUGUUGGUCGCCGUUAAGCCGGAGGCAGACUUGAUCGUGGUGGAUGUGCCUCUCCAUGUUAGAUACGGUGUGCCGCAGGAGGGUCAUGACCCUCGUCACAUCAUCCAGCUACCUCCUCCAACUUGUUUUUGGGCUUGUCCUUCCUCAUACAAAUCACUCCACAAUACACUCCCAUCACAGUCUCCCAAAUUUCACUUGCUCAAUUCAUCUGCUCAGUUCGAAAUCUUUCAGCACACAACUUCAUCACUUCUCUCAUUUGACAUUCCUGUCGGUAACAUCAAUCACACUCUCUAUAUCGAGUUAUGUACCGUGACUGUGACCCUCCUUGCCUUCGUCUACGUUGUCCAGCACUGUUGGACAAUCUCCAAAACCCUCUAUUAUGAUGUGCACCUCAAGAUGCAAUAGCUCCUUUUAGCACAGAGUAUAGAGAAAGGCAAGCAAAAUAUCAGUCCCGUACCCAUACCAUUCAAUGAAACGCGUGAACAUGACCGGCAACCGCCCCCUUACACAAUCACACAUCGUCGCUGCUUUACCAUCUUCCCCCAGCGCCCCUUCAUGCUUUCUCGCAAUGCAAGGUUGAACACGUCUUGCACACCACUUCCCGUCUUUGCUGAGCACUCAACGUA